ACAAACGUGCUUCUUUUUGUGAGCCGCACCAAACGUGUUCGGUUCGGUUGUCGAUUGGUCGUUCGUUGUAAAUUUGUGAUUUCCAGCUGUAAAUACCUGGAAUUGGUGUUGUUUGAUACCGCUUCGGUUGCAAGGAUCGCCGGACUGCGUCCAGAAUCCUAAACACACGCCAAAAUGGUCAAACGAAAUCACAAGUUCCAAUCGGGCGAGGGUGCCCAGUACCUGACCCGGAAGGCAGCGAUGCGAAAGUUGCAGCUGUCGAUGCAGGACUUCCGUCGGUUGUGCAUCCUGAAGGGGAUCUACCCGCGGGAACCGAAGCACCGUGCGAUCGCCCAGCGGGGCAGCACCGACAUCAAGAUUCUGUACCACAAGAAGGACAUAACGUUCCUGCUGCACGAACCGAUCGUGUGGACACUGCGUGACCGUAAAAUCUUCAACCGACGAAUUGCGGCGGCCAAGGGCAAGGGGAACAAUCUGCUGAAGAAUGUGAGGAUGGCCAACUACCCGGAAAUCAAGCUGGACCACAUCAUCAAGGAACGCUUCCCAACGUUCGUGGACGCGAUUAAAGAGCUGGACGAUUGUAUGACGUUGCUGUUUCUGUUCAGUACGUUUCCGGCGAUGAAAACGGUCACGCGUGACAUUACGUCGAUGGCGCGUCGGUUGUCGAUCGAGUUCAUGCACUACUGCAUUGCGUCCAAGGCGCUGCGGAAGGUGUUUGUGUCGAUCAAGGGAUACUACUUCCAGGCGGAGAUCAAGGGCGAGCUGGUCACGUGGAUCGUGCCGCACUACUAUCCGUACCAGCCGCAGCGGAAGGAGUACGUUGAUUUCAAGAUCAUGAAAUCAUUCGCCGACUUUUUCACCGUGAUGGCGGGCUUCGUCAAUUUCCGUCUGUACAACUCUAUCAACCUGGUUUAUCCGCCGCAGUUCUCGGUGUCUCUCGAUUCCGAAGAAAGUCGCGCCAACGAGGACACUUUUAUUUCCGAGCGAAUCGCCGCGCUGAACUCGGACUUGCUGCGUUCGGAUCAGAUGGGCACGGAGGAGGAGGACGACCAGAUCGAUUUGGACUUGCUGGACGGCGAUAAGGACUCGGAGCAGGUGCGCAAGCUGCGAGAGGAUGCCGUCAGUUUGAACAAGCUGAAGAAUCUGUUCAAGGGACUAAAGUUCUUCAUUAACCGGGAAGUGCCACGAGAGCCGUUGGUGUUUAUUCUUCGAUGCUUCGGCGGCAGGGCGUCUUGGGACAGGAAUUUGUUCGUCGGAGCCACGUUCGACGAGUCGGACGAAACAAUCACGCACCAGAUUGUGGACAGACCGAGCCUGCCCAAGCAGUACAUUUCACGGGACUACGUCCAACCGCAGUGGAUCUUUGACUGUGUGAACCAGCGGAAGCUGCUUCCAGUCAACAAGUACCUCAUUGGGGCCGUUCUCCCCCCGCAUCUGUCACCGUUCAACCGGGAUGACGCCAUUUACGUUCCACCGGAGGAGGCCGCCCUGCGUGAUGGCGUUGAACUGGACGCCGGAGCUCGCAACGGCGAGGAAAGAAUUUCCGACGACGAGGACGAGGACGCCGAGCAGCGCCAGCAAGUUCAGCUGGAUUACGCACUGGUCAAGGCGUUCCGCGAGGAAAAGACCGAAGCACUCAACUCCGGCGCACCGGAAGAAGCCCCCGAGGAAGAAGAAGAUGAUGAAGAAGCCCCCGAGGAGGACGAGCAGACAAAGCAGAAGAACGAAAAGAAGAAAAAGAUGGCCGUGGUGAGUGGAAAGAUCUUCAAGGAGAACCCAAGCGAGCAGAAGAAGCUCACCAAGCAGGAGGAGGCGCUGCGGGCGAGGAUGGUCAAGUCUCGCCACAAGAAGCUGUACCGGAAGAUGCUGGAGAAGCAGAAGAAGCAAACGAAGGAGGCGAACCUGCUGAAGGAGAAGCGCCAGCAGAUCGACAAGAAGCAGCGAGUGGAGCAGACGCAGAAACGCAAAACGCAGAGGAAGGAAAUUUUGGCCAAGUAAUUUCGCUUCUUUUUUUUCGUGUUUUAUUAAGGUUUAAUAUACAUUUAACUAAGAUGUAAUG